UAUCUUAAUUAAUCAACUAGUUCCUGCUCCAUUACCUGUUGUUCAACCUAGAUACCCAACACCCCGAGAUUGCAGCUUUGCGUAAACAGCUGUCGGACCUCGAGGCAUUGACGAAGAAUACCUCCAUAUGUAAGUGUGGAUAGAUGUGGAUAGAAUGAAUUAGCAAUUUUUUUUAUCGUUACAGCUUGGAAAGACGGAAUUAUAACCACUUUUUAUGUCUUUUUUAUUUUUAUUUUUAUUUUUUGCAUUCUAUUGCGUUGCAGCAUUGAGAAUCAUCGACAAAAGAGGAGGAAAGAAGAUUGUUUGCACCUUCGUGACGGAUACCAAGACGGCAACUCUCGCUGAAUUUCAUCUUUUCCUUGAGAAGUACUUUGACCAGUUUGCUGAGGACAAGGACCUCAAGAUAUUCUUGCAUCUGCCGGGUAGCUCAAUACCGACAAUGCUCAUUAGCGAUCCCCAACUUCGGUCUAUUUUGGCGAUUGCAAAGGAGAGUAGCUGGAAAAACCUUGUCAUAUCCCUGGACAAUCCUGGAAAGAGUUUUUCGAAAUUCACUUGGAAAGAAGUGAUGGAAGAAUACAACGUCGGUAAAGGCCCUGAGUUUCUCCCACUGUUUGAUAUUGAACCAAGGGCGAUGACUGACGAUGAGAAGCUGAUGUUGGAGGAAAUAAUCAAAGAAUGCAGCCGGAAAAACGAGGCCUACAUUUUUGGUCCUAGCUCUAGCGAGUUCACAAGGAACUCGAUCGUCGACUCUUUCAUGGUUGGAGCCAUGCAGUCCUACAAAGUGGAUAUGUAUCUUGAGCAACAAGAACUGAUAACCGGCCUACGGGGACAUGGACCGGUGGAUUUUGCUGUGUUGGAUCGUAUCCACCAGUCGCAAGUUCUUGGAGUCACGGAGGUGAAAAAGGACGAUCAUGUGAAAGGUAUGGCUCAAAAUAUAGUACAGCUCGACGUCGCACUUCAACAAAAAAAACGAAAGCGGACUGAGGCGGAUGACGAUGGACAAGAGAGGCCCGCCACACGCAUCAAGUCAUUCGGCAUUGUAACCGACGCAUUCAAAUGGACUUUCGUAGAGUGCACGAUGGAGGAAGACGACUCAUUGACGUACAAAGCCAAGGAGGUUUUGAGAGAUCUAAGACUCAAGGAGGAGGAGACGCUAAGAGAGGAUGCAGAAACUCUCUUUUGUUAUGUUCUUUCUCUGUACGAUCGCAUGAAAGAUGAGAUUGUAAACAGAUUCAGCUAUAAUAGCCCUGUAGUCUCACGUUCAUCUUCAGCAUCAGCUUCAGCAUCAGCUUCAGCAUCAGCUUCAGCAUCAGCUUCAGCGAACAAGAGGCGUGCCUCAGGAACUCAAUCGUAGUACUCGAUCAUUAUGAAAAAUACACCAACGUAUUUUGUUCAAAUAAAACAGUUCUUCAUGAUAAAACCCACA